UUUCAAUUAAGUGGUCCUUGCACUGUGAAGAUUGUCAAAUGUGAAGCAAUCAAAAUGAGGAAAUGCCAGACUCUAACCGGGACAACAAAAAAAGUUUGCUAGAGAACUGGGUAGAGAGGUUGCUGGGAAAAUGUGACGUGUGGGUCCCAAUGGCCUCUGUCCCUGAUUAUUCAGUUAUUAUUUGAUUUAUGUGGUCUUGCUGCUGCCCUUGCUUUGACCCUCAGAACGGCUGUGUGGGAAGUUUGUGUCUCUCAGAUAGAGUGAAGCGCUGCUCUGCAAAGUGUUUGGAGCCAAUGUGAAUGUAAAGAAACUGAUAAAUACAGAAAAGGCUCUCUGUGCUCCAGAUGCACCCCAAAGGGGAACUAUAAGAAAACAGCUCCUCGGAACUAGGCACUGAAAUAAUCUUAUCCUUUGACAACAUAUUGACUCUUCAAUUUAAAGUAACUAGAAGCUUUUUGAAAGCAGGUAACAUUCCAAACUGAAUGAAGCAGUGGGAGCUAGAGCAGACUAUGGCAAAUACCUUUGUGACCAUACCUGAUGGGUACUGCCUUAGUGAUCCGAUCCAGUAUUAUGAUGCCUUCCCAGAACACAUCAGUUAUCCACUGCAAGAUCUUGACUUCCAAGCUGCUCCUUAUUGUCAGUAUUCAACCAUUCAGUUUCCUGCAGCAUUACAGACUCCAUCUCCCCAAACACAGUACAGCACAUACAACUUGGAUUCUCAAUACAGUGAUGGGCAAUACAUCAUCAGCAAUUGUGAACUCAGUAAGCCCACCUGCAUGGGUGCCCAGAAUGAUGGGGGAGGAUAUCUUGGACACAAAAGACCCAGGCUUAGUCACUCUGCCUUGCGAAUAAAGGGACAGGAAGAGCUCUGUGUGGUUUGUGGGGACAAGGCUUCAGGAUAUCAUUACAACGCACUCACCUGUGAAGGCUGCAAAGGAUUUUUUCGACGUAGCAUCACCAAAAAUGCCAUCUACAGAUGCAAGAAUGGUGGCCACUGUGAAAUGGAUAUGUAUAUGAGGAGGAAGUGUCAGGAGUGUCGCCUAAAGAAAUGUAAAGCUGUGGGAAUGCUGGCUGAAUGUCUACUAACAGAAGUCCAGUGUAAAUCAAAGCGCCUCCGAAAGAAGAGUAGCUUCCUUUGUAGCAUCAAAAUGGAAGUUGAGGGAGUGGACAACAAGCAUGUAUCCUCUACAACAAAACCUUUAAAAGUGCAGGAGCGAAUGGAACUGACUCCUGGAGAACAUCAGCUCAUUGACCAUAUUUUGGCUGCCCAUCAAAAAUGCACAAUUCCCUUGGAGGAAGCAAAGAAGUUUUUGCAGGAAACUGCCAAUCCUGAAGAGAACUUCCUACAUCUUUCAGAAACAGCUAUGGUUCAUGUCCAGGUACUAGUGGAUUUUACAAAAAGACUUCCAGGGUUCGAAAGUUUAGCCAGUGAUGAUCAGAUUGCAUUGCUGAAAGGCUCCACAAUUGAAACAAUGUUUUUACGUUCUGCCCAGAUAUACAAUGAGCAAGGGAUUGAAUGCCAGUCAUCAUUCCAUGAAAGUCAAGUAAAAUUUUCUGCCAAUGCUAUAUGUGCUCAAGAUAAAAGUACUUACUUAGGACUGUCUCAUACUGAAGAAAGCCCAACAUCAACUACUACAACAGGUAUCACUGAGGAGUUUAUCACUGCACUAUUUUAUUUCUACAGGAGCAUGGGAGAACUCAAUGUGACAGAGAGAGAAUAUGCAUUGCUUGUUGCAACUACUGUGUUUUUUUCAGAUCGUCCACUCCUAAAAAACAAACAACAUGUGGAGAAACUCCAGGAACCCUUUUUAGGAAUUCUGUACAAGUAUUCAAAGAUAUAUCACCCUGAAGAACCACAACAUUUUGCCCGUCUCAUAGGGCGACUCACUGAACUCAGAACCCUCAACCACAACCACUCAGAAGUCCUCAUAAGCUGGAGAACAAGGGAUCCUAAGCGGAUACCUGUACUUUGUGAAAUAUGGGACUUGCAUUAAACAAUCUGCCAAUUACUUAAGUUGUUACACAGGACUGUUUUUUCCUCAAAAUAUGCUCUUUCCCAAUUGUUGUGCUUGUAUUAAAAAAAAAUCCCAUUUAUGUUAAAUGGCUAUAGAUUCUUUUUUUAAAAAUACCGGUAAUAAUACUGUGCUCCAAAGCCUAGAUAGAUUGGUGAGAGGAUUGAAAAUACCAUUUGUGUUAUAAACACACACACACAUUUGUUGCAGUUGAAAAGAUAUCAGAGCAUGUAUAACCUAUAUAACCUUAUUGCCACAAUUGCAUGGGUAUCUGGAAGACAAGCCUAAAAUGGUAUGGAUCAGGUUCUUUACAUGUGCUGUUUGACACCUCUAGAAAGUAUAUCUUUCUUUGCCCAGGAAGGUUUUAAAUGAGUGGGAGAACAGUUGACAGCAGAAAAAUCCUUUAUAUAGGGCAGCACACAGGAGACUAUGGAAAGUUGAGCAGGGAACUGGAUCCCUGCCCUGUCAAGCCUACACAUGUGUAUGCUCUGAUGGGCCAUAAGAAAUAUAUUACGGCUUAGAUGGAUACUGCAACUAUUAUGACCACAUAACUUUCUCAGUGACUUGAAGUGGAUCCUGGUGCUUCUGUUGUAAACAUGUACAUGUCUCCAAACCACAUUAUUCACAUCACAACACUCACCGUCUUGUUUGUCAAAGUUGUAAGCAAUUAAACAUUAAAGUUAACUAAUAACCAUUAGAGAACAAAAAAAAUGAAAUGAUCGGUUAUGUAAUUAGUAUAUCACACAAUUUUGAAAAAGAGUAGUAAAUUAUAAUCACCCAGGAUAGCUGGUAACCCACAAACUGAUUAUAGUUAAUUGAUUAUAGUUUAGACCAAAAUUUUAAUAAUUUGGUAGUUAUAUCUUUUUAUUUACUUGCCAGUUCUAGUUGAGGAACAGCCAGAAUAACCAGUACGAAGUCCAGAUGUCUGUCCUUGAUUAAAUUUUUCAGUAACAACAGUUACAGAAUGCACUGGAAAGAUAACUCACUAUAUCUGCUAUUAUUUUAUGUAUUUCCCCCCUUUAGAUCAAGCAAUGGUAAUUUAGUUUGAUGGAUGUUCAAUUAGUGAAACCCCAUGCAUGUUUGAAUUCUUUGUUUACAAUUUGCUACAAUAUAUGGUUCAACAUUAUCAUCUGUUUUUGUGGACAUCUCUUCACAGCUUCAGUUCUUUUGCUAAAUAUAAACCAUAAUGAACCAGUUUUGCUUUAGUCUUCUUGAAACUUAAAUGUUGCAGUAUUUUUUUCUGAAUGCUUAUAAACAAACCUUUAAAACUGUGAAUUUGUUGAUGUACAGUGCCUUUGCUGCUAUGGAUUAAAAUCAAAAGAACUGUGUAGCUAAACCUUUAUUGUGUAAGUAGAAAUUUACUUAAUUUCAUACUAGAAGUGAGUUAAUGCUACAAGUUGAAAUGGAAUGUUCACUGAAUUUACAAAUGUAGUAGCAAACAUUUGAAACAGAUUUCAGCUAUCAGUUUCAAAAUAUAAAUUCCUGAUAUUAGAACAAUAUUUUAAAAACAUGGCUUAAAAAUCUCAGCAUUUUUAUAUUAUGUUAUUUUUGCAUUUUAAAAUUAUUUUUCAUACCUAAAAUAUAAUGUAAAUAACUUAUCUGAAUAUAUAGUUAAUAUUUUAAUACAUGAAAUAUUUUGUAUAGGUCUAUAUUUUUCAGAUAUAUAUUUAAGUGUAAUAAAUGCACUAUCAAUCUGGUCUUCUGCAGCAAGAUAGUUGUUUUUUGUAUGUAUCAUUAGUCAUCCAACAUGAUGGUCCUUUGCUUUAAAGUCGUAUCAUGCUUUGUUAAAAAUACGAAGAAAAAGAUACCCAAGAAUUAUAGAAAUGAAACUGAAAAGAAAAUUAAGACCACAACCAUGACCCAAUUUUAUCAUAUGACCUUUGCCAUAGACCUUUGCCAUAAAUAAAUGACUAAUUAAGCCUG